AUGAAAAAUCGACCUUUUCGAUUCUUGUUUACUCUCGGAAUCGCCUUCUUUGUAGUAGGAUAUCUCUCUAUAGAUCAAGUGUUCCUAGAUAAGAAUGAUACCUUUUGUGAAGGAAAUUCCACAAAACUAGACGUGCCCUUCAAGCGAUUGAUUCUCUUUUUGGAGGAUGGUGCUCGGCCCGAUUUUCUGUUCGGAAAUUCUGUCUAUCGUUCGUGGAAACCGUAUUUUACAGACCUACUGAAAAAGGACCCGCAUCACACUAUUUGUACUACAAUGCAAGUCGACCCGCCUACCUCUACAACGCAGGGAGUGAAAACCUUUCUGACAGGGGGAGUUCCGGGGUUUAUUGAGCUCGGCCAGACGUUCUAUGCCUCCACAAUCGUGCAUACAGGCGAUCCUGUCUGGAGAGAACUUGCUGGGGAUGUCUUUUCGACACCGGACAAUCCUAUCGAUUCAUUCAAUGUGUAUCAUGACGACUCUGAAGCCAUCCAACGCGAGCUCGAGUUGUUUUUGAGUGAAAACUGCACUGCCGAUGUGCUCAUCGUCCAUUCUCUCCUUGCGGACCACAAUGCUCACAAAUCCGAUACCUCCUCUCCUGCGCAUCCAGCGAUCCAUGCAGCAUUGCUUCAGCUCAAUCGCCAUCUGCAGUACAUCACAACGCAUCUACCGAAUGAUACGCUUCUCUUCGUGUUUGGGGACCACGGCUUGAGCUCCAAAGGAAAUCACGGCGGAGCGACUUUGGAAGAGACGACCACGGGACUCGACAGCCACACAUUCGAGAUUUGA